AUGGUGGCCUUCACUCAUAUCGCCGGGGGAUCGGCUCCGUCCUCCAUAGUCGCCUGUGUGGCGCUAUUAUUAUUCGCAUGCCUUCACACUGUCGUCGCAGAGAUCGAUUCGGUCUUCAAAUCUCGACCCGAUCUCUAUCCUCCAGUCCUUACUUUGGAACAUAGAGUUCCCGACAAGCUAAGCCCGGGUUACAUCUUUGUCGGCCCGUACGAAGCGUCCAAUUCCGGCCCGUAUAUUUAUGAUGAUGAGGGGUCUGGAGCGGCUGGGGGAAAGGAUCACUUGUGUUUCUUUCAGGGUGUUCAACAGAACGGGUAUUGUCGAGGUCAUGGAGUCAUCAUGGAUGACCACUAUCGCAUCGUCCGAACCGUGGUUCCCGGAGGCGGCAUGGCAUCCAGCGAUAUGCACGAAUUCAUGCCUAUCAAUGACGGCAAGACUGCCUUGAUGACGGUCUACCAGCAGCGACAGUUCGACAUGUCCCCGUGGAAUGUGAAAUCCGGCAUGGGAUGGGUGAUGGAGAGUAUCUUCCAGGAGGUAGACGUGGAGACCAACGAAGUUCUGUUCGAGUGGAAGUCCCUCGACCACGUCGACCCUUCGGAUGCCUACACCUGGCCGAGUCACACGGAUACUUCGGGCACUGGGCUGGACCCGCGCUCGCCCUGGGAUUACUUCCAUAUCAACUCAAUCGACAAGAACGCUGACGGCGAUUAUUUGAUCUCUUCGCGCCACACGUGCGCGAUCUACAAGAUCUCCGGCAAGGAUGGAUCUAUCAUCUGGCGGUUGCAUGGAGCGCAUCCCACGUUCAAGAACAUCAACUUCAGUUUCUCGCAACAGCACGAUGCGCGGUGGCUUGGUGAAAACUCCACCCACACGCUGCUGUCUCUGUAUAACAACGGGUUCAAUGGUUUCAACCGCACCCACGACUUCUCCUCGGGCAUGAUUAUCUUGAUCGAUCACCAAGAUAACACCGCCACUCAGCUGCACGACUACUCUCCUCCCGGGAAGACCAUGAUCAGCUCCAGCCAGGGUAACAUGCAAGUCCUUCCGAACAAGAACGUAUUCAUUGGGUGGGGUAACAACGCCUAUGUUUCGGAACAUGACGAAGAAGGCAACGUGCUGCUCUGGGGCUACAUCGACAAGGAUCGCAUCAUGAACUACCGGGCGCAAAAGUUCGAAUGGGAUGGAAUGCCUACCGACGUGCCGGCUCUCUGGACGUACUCGCAAUCUACAGACACUUUCUCUCCGACGACGUUCUACGUCAGCUGGAACGGGGCUACGCGUGUGAAGUACUGGCGGUUCUACGGCGCGACCAACUCGACUGGCCCGUAUAUGCUCAUCAAGCAGACCGAAAAGAGAGGAUUCGAGACGAGCUACUCGGCACCGCACUUCUACCGCUGGACCUACGCGGAGGCGGUAGAUGUGGAGGGCAAGGUUCUGGGCAAGUCGCGCAGCAUGUUCACCUUCACGCCGUCGCCCGAUCUCCAGGGCUAUUGUGGCCGGGAGUCAUGUGAGAAUGCGCAGACGUAUGGAAUGCCUGGCGAGGAGGGCGCUGGACCUGCGAUUCCCCCGGCUGGAAUCAACACCGUUCCUUGGGUCGAUCCUGAUCACCCUAAUGCACACUUCGAUUGGGGUCAGACCGGUGAUGAUGAGGAUGAGGAUGAGAGCGGGAAGAAUAACCCCGCUGACUAUCGUAAUUUAGAUAACAACGUGGGAUGGAUCGCCCCCGUCUUCGGCUUUGUCGUGGCCAUCGUGGCCAUCUAUACGAUCAUGCGGAUAUACCGGCGCCAACAGCAAUUUAGCCGGGUGAAGGAGAGGGCAUCGACAGAGAGUGUCGAUAGGAUCGAGAGGUCCAAGCCCUGGACGGAAUCGGAGGAGACGCCGUGGUGGCAUUGGCGACGCUGGACGAACCCCGGUCCGGCCCCUCCCUUCCUUCUUGUUCUUCUCCAGUACCGUGGGCUGCCCUAUCAUCAUUCGCCGCCCCCCCCAAAAGGUAACUCUCCAAUGCCUGCGCCAAAAUCCGGCUCUCAAGGAACCGCCGGGCGUCCGUCGCUACCCUCUUUAUCGCUCUCCUCCACCACCCCUUCCUCGGCCAUCUCUACUCCAGCGGCCACUCCCAACCCCCUCUCGGCCACCUCCUCCUCCUUCGCCCAAGCCUCUAAGAGCCGGAAUGCUCGUCAUACCCGAGCCACUUCCUGGACAUCCGGUCACGAUCAAGGCGGCGAACCCGACCCCGCGGACUUUACCUCUUCUCAACAACGUCGUCGCCGAGAAUCCAACAUCUCGUUAGCUGACGUCUCUGAGGGCUCUUCCGGCCGCUACGACGACGAUUACGACGAUAAUCGCUCUCACACCAACAUGGCCGUGAGGAACACUUCCUUCGACUGGGGUCCUGGACACGCUCGCAGUCGCUCUCAUUCCUACAGCCAGCCACAGAUGUCUCUCCUACAACCUCAAGAACUGGCCGACUCGUCGGCUCCUCGGCCUCGUCCAGCACCCGUUACAUGGAUGUCCCUUCCGCGCAAAGGGCAGUUGGCCCUGUUGGGUCUCUGUCGUGUCUUCGACUUCCUCCAGAUUGCCUCCCUGCAAGCAUACAUGUUCUACCAACUGAAAUCCUUCGAUGAGAACCUCUCCGACGCCGAUGUCUCCACGCAGGCCGGUAUCCUCCAGGGUGCCUUUACCGCCGCGCAAUUUGCAACAGCUAUCCCUUGGGGCCGUGUCGCCGAUGCAGAAUGGGGUGGUCGCAAGUUUGUCUUGCUGGUUGGUCUUAUUGGUACCGCGUUGUCCUGUCUGGGUGUUGCCUUUUCGACGUCGUUCGCGCAGGCCGUGUUCUGGCGUUCUUUUGGCGGUGCCAUCAACGGGACGGUUGGUAUUAUUCGGACCAUGAUCGCGGAGAAUGUCAAGGAGAAGAAAUACCACUCGCGCGCGUUCCUGAUUCUGCCUAUCGGGUUCAACGUCGCCGCGUUGUUCGGACCUGUGAUGGGUGGUAUGCUGGCUGAUCCGGUCAAGGCGUAUCCUCGACUCUUCGGUCCUGAUUCUUCUUUCGGCGGCGCCGACGGUGUGCAGUGGCUCGUUCGCUACCCGUAUGCGCUGCCCAUGCUGGCGAAUUGCAUUUUCCUGACAUUUGCUGCGGUCUGUGUCGCCAUCGGUCUUGAAGAGACUCUGGAAGCUUGCAAGGGCAAGCCCGGUCUGGGCGUGUUCUCGAUGCGCAUCUUCGCUCGCGGCAUCCGGGCCGUCGUUCCUUCGAACUCUCCGCUGUACCAGAGACUGCCAUUCGCGGACUACGACGAGGCUGGUCCUCUGCUGAACCGCAGAGACCCGGCCGAGAGCUACGAGAUGGAAGAGAAGGCGACCAAGGCAAGCCGUCAGGCUCGCACUUUGCCUUUCCGCCGGAUCUGGACCAAGAACGUGCUGUGCACGCUGUUGGCGCAGGCCUUCUUCGACUUUCAGAUGGGUGCUUUCAACAAUCUCUGGUUGCUUUUCCUCUCUACCCCGCGUUAUGAUGCCAACGACCCUGCCAGUCCGGUCCAGAGACUGCCCUUUAUCUUCACUGGCGGUCUGGGCAUGCUGCCACAAAGUGUUGGUUUCGCUACUGCCAUUCUCGGUGUGAUUGGCAUGCUUCUCCAGUUCACCAUUUACCCCAGCAUCAACAACCGUUUGGGCACGGCCAAGAGUUACCAGUACUUCUUGACCCUCUUCCCUCUGGCGUACGCAUUCGCGCCAUACAUUGCUCUUGCUCCGUCGUCCGCACCCCCGCCGGGCCAGGCCAACGGCGGAUGGGUGUGGUUCUCCAUCAUUGUGGUCUUGUUCCUGCAAGUGACGGCACGAACCUUCACUCUUCCCACCUCCAUCAUUCUCCUGAACAACUGCUCUCCGCACCCGUCGGUGCUCGGCACCAUCCACGGCAUCGGCCAGUCCGUGUCCUCGGCGUUCCGUACCAUUGGACCGAUCUUUUCCGGAUCGUGGUACGGCUACGGUCUGGAGAUGGGCAUGGUCGGAUUCGCCUGGUGGCUGAUUGCAUUGGUGUCGGUGUUUGGCUGCGUGGCAGCCAUCUUUGUCUACGAAGGUUCCGGACAUGAAGUCUUCCUCCCCGGUGAGGAAGAAGAGCGGGACUAA